AUGGCGCCUCAACGGGCGCGCAAGAAGCAAGGAAGAGCAUCGUCCGGCGUCAGGGAUCCUUCGGAGUGUUACGGCGCCGCUUGGCGCGUCGAGGAACGCAACAAGUCAUUGGCGGCGCGGGCCGUCCUUCGACUGGAGGCGUCGCCAGGGGUCGCGCCGCGGCGGCCCCUGCACGCCCCCACAGCAUCGAUCACGAGCGGCCCGGCGCCGCGCCGCGCGUAA